CACCCGGGCGGGAAGGAAGGCGGCCCUGUCCCGGUCCGCGCCCGGGCUCCCUCCCCGCCAGGGUCCGUGUAGACCCAGGAAAGCCGGAGACUCAACGCCCAGCUCUCCCGCCGCGGGCCUCGGAGUUCUGACACGUCCUUUCAUUACUGCCAGUCGUUCUCCUGUGACAUGACCGCGUAUCUCUCAUGCCUGUAGUCUUUUUUACAGGCGGGAAGGAGUUUGAGGCAAGGUUGACUAUAUUUCAGGGAAAGUUUUCUUCACCACCUGUUCUAACUUAAAUAUGCUGAGAAAAUUAAAAUCUGCAGAAAGAUUAUUUUUGCUGAUUAAAAAGCAGUUUCCACUUAUUGUUUCUUCUGUAAGUAAAGGAAAGAUACUAAAUGAAAUACAAAGACUUAUAACUGAUGAUCCAGAAAGUUGGUUGAAUACCAUUUCAACUUGGAAAAAUCUUCUUGAACAUGAUGCAAAAAAGGACAAACUUUUUCAAAGAGCCGAUAACCCGCCAAAAAGAAAAGUGGAGGCAAAUGACAUCAUCAAUGCUAAGAAAUUAAAAACAGAACAAUUGCAAAUGUUACAAGAGAAUAAGGAAUGCCAGCCAGAAAAGCAAAUAGAAGAAGAAACAUGGGAGCAAGGAUACUUUCUCACUAAAAGAGAAAAAUCUCAAGAAGCACUUCAGAACGAUGUAGUAAAAGCAGCUGAUGCCCUAAACCAGAACGACUUGACAUUCAGAGUUUCUUGUCGCUGCAGUGGAGCUAUUGCAAAGACCUUUACUGCACAGGAGGUAGGAAGAGUAACUGGAAUUGCUCUUAUGAAACAGUUUGGAUGGAAAGCGGAUUUGAGGAAUCCAAAUUUAGAGAUCUUCAUACAUCUAAAUGACAUUUACUCUGUGGUGGGAAUCCCCGUGUUCAGGGUGCCCUUAGCCAGCAGAGUUUACGUCAGGACAGCAGGCCUGAGGUCUACCAUAGCAUGGGCAAUGGCCUCUCUCGCUGAGAUUCAGGCUGGUGCAUUUGUUUUAGAUCCAAUGUGUGGACUUGGGACAAUACUUUUGGAAGCUGCUAAAGAAUGGCCAGAUGUAUAUUACGUGGGUGCCGAUGUCAGUGACUCACAGUUACUAGGUGCAUGUGACAAUCUGAAAGCUGCAGGCCUUAAGGAUAAAAUUGAGUUACUUCAAGUCUCUGUUACAGACUUGCCAUUGCCUUCAGAGAGUGUCGAUAUUAUUAUUUCUGACAUUCCAUUUGGGAAAAAGUUUAAGUUAGAGAAAGACAUCAAAAGCAUUCUACAAGAAAUGGAGAGAGUGCUUCACAUCGGCGGAACCAUUGUACUGUUGCUCAGCGAGGAGCACCACAGGCGCCUCAAAGAUGGCGAACAGAGCAGCAGCCCUUUGAAUCCCAGGAGCAGCCACACAGAUGAACCUGAACCUGGAGUCAAAAAGCGCUUGAAUCCUGGAGAAAAAACUGGCAUAUCAGAGACCGUGUCAUUGUCCUUCGAAGCCACUAGCCAGGAGUGCUUGGACAGAAUGCCACCGUUUGGCUCUUUAGUGCCAGUGGAAUGCCACAAGGUUAGCCUUGGGAGGACGGAUGCAUUCAUAUGCAAAUACAGGAAGCUGCACUCUUCUGGACUCUAGCAGGCCAGCACCAGGUUCAAGUCCUCGUACAUCAGGUACGUCAGCCAUGCGGCGGCGAAGGUGGCUGUCUUGGGAUCUCGAUGGGGCCACAGAGUUUCCGGGAAGCAGACUCCCCCGAAAGGCAGGACGCGCUCCAGCCUCAUCCUCAGAAGAGCCAAAAGUUGCCAACAAAGACCAAUGAAUGAAUAUUCCUACGAAAGGACCCUCAAAUUUUGUAUUCCAUCGGAAUGUGAGCAGUUGCGCUCAGGCGGCACUGGCUCCGAGCUGGAGCUGCAACUUCGAGCACAGGUUUUCAGAGGUUCCCAUGAAGUGCAUUGCACUCAUCACAGGGCUCACGAUAUUUUCACUAUCAGGGUUUUUUUAACGUAGAAGCUUUGAUGUGUUACUUCUUUUGAUAUUAAACUUGGUUCUUAAGCCUAUAAUUUUCCUCUCCAUUGGAAUGAAAAUAAUUUUUAUUUGCAACACCUUUUAUAUGUCCCGUAUUCUGUAAAACAUUAAUGGGAAUAACCGCAAUAAGAAUCAAGCCAGUAUCCUCCAACAUGAUAGAAAAUAAAGUUUGCUCUUUUUCUAAAAACAUUAACAAAUGUUUUUAAAUGUCA